AUGGCGCCGGGGCUGCUGUCUCUGCCCGUGGCCGUGGUUUUUGGAGGAGGAGCUGUCUGGCUGCGGGCAGGGUGUGCGGCCUACAAGACGGUGUGCGGUGUCAACGGGCCCCUGGUGGUGCUGGACAACGUGAAGUUUGCCCAGUACGCCGAGAUCGUGAACUUCAUGCUGCCCAAUGGCACCAGCCGCAGCGGGCAGGUCCUGGAGGUGAUGGGCUCCAAAGCCAUCGUCCAGGUGUUUGAAGGAACAUCUGGGAUCGACGCCAAGAAGACCUCCUGCGAGUUUACCGGGGACAUCCUCCGGACCCCGGUUUCUGAGGACAUGCUGGGUCGGGUGUUCAACGGCUCUGCCAAGCCCAUCGACAGCGGCCCCCCGGUGAUGGCCGAGGACUUCCUGGACAUUAACGGCCAGCCCAUCAACCCCCACGGCCGCAUCUACCCCGAGGAGAUGAUCCAGACCGGGCUCUCGCCCAUCGACGUGAUGAACAGCAUUGCCCGGGGCCAGAAGAUCCCCAUCUUCUCUGCUGCUGGUCUUCCCCACAACGAGAUCGCCGCGCAGAUCUGCCGGCAGGCCGGCCUGGUGAAGAAGUCCAAGGACGUGGUGGACUACCACGAGGACAACUUCGCCAUUGUCUUCGCUGCCAUGGGGGUGAACAUGGAGACAGCUCGCUUCUUCAAGUCGGACUUUGAGGAGAACGGCUCCAUGGAGAACGUGUGCCUCUUCCUCAACCUGGCCAACGACCCCACGAUCGAGCGGAUCAUAACCCCCCGCCUGGCCCUGACCACCGCCGAGUUCCUCGCCUACCAGUGUGAGAAGCACGUGCUGGUGAUCCUGACCGACAUGAGCUCCUAUGCCGAGGCCCUGCGGGAGGUGUCGGCAGCCAGGGAGGAGGUGCCCGGUCGCCGCGGCUUCCCCGGCUACAUGUACACGGACCUGGCCACCAUCUACGAGCGGGCCGGGCGCGUGGAGGGCAGGAACGGCUCCAUCACGCAGAUCCCCAUCCUGACCAUGCCCAACGACGACAUCACCCACCCCAUCCCCGACCUGACGGGCUUCAUCACCGAGGGGCAGAUCUACGUCGACCGGCAGCUCCACAACAGGCAGAUCUACCCCCCCAUCAACGUCCUGCCCUCCCUCUCCCGCCUGAUGAAGUCGGCCAUCGGGGAGGGCAUGACCAGGAAGGACCACGGGGAUGUCUCCAACCAGCUGUACGCCUGCUACGCCAUCGGGAAGGACGUGCAGGCGAUGAAGGCGGUGGUGGGAGAAGAGGCCCUCUCGUCCGACGACCUGCUCUACCUGGAGUUCCUGCAGAAGUUUGAGAAGCAGUUCAUCACCCAGGGUCCCUACGAGAACCGGAGCAUCUUCGAGUCCCUGGACAUCGGUUGGCAGCUGCUGCGCAUCUUCCCCAAGCAGCUGCUGAAGCGCAUCCCCGAGAGCAUCCUGGCCGAGUACUACCCGCGCGAGGCCGCGGCGCCGGGCCAGGGGCCGGCCAGCACGGCCCUCUGA